GAUCGGCCGGUCGAAGUGAGAGAGCCGAAGACGGCGAACGAUUUUCGCGUAAAAAAACGGUAAAUCUUCGGGAGAGGAUCACGGCCCGGUCUCCGCAUCGCAGAAAGAGAGAGAGAGAGAGAGAGAGAGAGAGAGAGAGAGAGAGAGAGACUCUCACUGAGUGUAAUAUACGGUCCUUGGCCCCGAGACCGAGAAAGUACUCGCCGAGUCGAAAAGUAUGAGAAAGGGAUCACUGGUACCAGUUAUAUAUCUUCUCCGCUAACCGACGUAACUUCGAACGACAGUCUGAUGCUCGUUUCGAAACGAAGUUGCAUCGCGCGUAAAAAAUUUCAUCAUAUCCAUAAAAGCAAACUGCUUCCGUCGUCGCACAGCAUCCGGGAGCUUUCUAUAUGCAAGAAUUUCUCGCUGCAUCGACGGCACUAAAAUUAUCGCCUGCUCGGGCGCGAACGCGCGAGAAGUAGGAACAAUGUCUACAUUAGGUGCGUUCACCUCUCCUCUCUCCUAUUCUCUCUUCUUUUUCUCUCGGCGCUCGCGGUGUAAGUAGUUAAACUAUAUGCAAAUACCCUCGCACGCAGGUGUGACAUCGGGCCGUUCGAGUUUGCCGUGAAACUGCGCGUGUACCUGUAUCUAUACACGCGAACGUGUAUGGGUAUAUGUUAGGGAUGGGUAGUUAAAGCGAGAGAGGGAGAGAGAGAGAGAGAGAGAGAGUUGGGGAGAUGGAGUGAGAUUAAUGUUGGCGCUGGCUCGCGUGCCCAGACUAGCAAUAAAAUAAGAGGUUCCAUUAGUUGCGUUUGAUUGUCGAGAGUUCGGAGACCUAUGUAUUGUGCACAACGAUUCUGUUGUAUCGGGAUGCGAGCUUUCUCUCUUUCUCUUCCGUACGUGCACAUACCUAUGGAGGGCCGUGAAUUAUUGUUGCGCUUCCGGGCGAGGCUGCGGCUUAAUUAUCGAGAAAAAGAGUAUUUCUCUGAUAAUCGUUCGAGACUCGACUGCAUAGCAGAGAAGAGUACAACGAGAGAAAGCAGAUGUACACGUCGGGAGAGAGAGAGAGAGAGAGAGAAGUAGACAAACGCUCGAGAAUGUAGAAUGUGUAUAAGGCGACGAGUCACGACAAAACGAUGAAGACUCUCCAAGCGCGAGGAGAUACGCUCGAACUCGUCUCCAGCGGAAAUUGAGUGGGAGAGUCGAAGGAAAUUGUAACAUCAACUGCAGAAAGACUCGGUGUGUGCGAUGUUGAUAUACAACACGAGCUUCGGAAUAAAUCGGCUUUAACGAUGCAAUAAAUCGAAUUCGGUACGACGAGCUGCGUCUUAUACCGCGAUAAUUUCGUUGUAUACACGCGAGUUGCUUCAAAGCGAUCGCUGCUAAUUGGGCUAAUGCCCUGGAGGCACUGAAUAAGGCUUGAUUAUCAUGCGCGAGAGUUAGAAUAGGGGCUGCGUAUCAUAUCGUGCGGCUGCGCUGAUGCUACUCGUAUAAUAGAGUAAAUGCAGGCUGUGAGCGGAGAACCCGUCAGAGGGUGUAUAAUUUCGACUCUAUUCAAUAAACAUGAAAUGGAGCUGGGAGAAUCGAAUCUGAAAAAUUGGAAGUAAGCUACGAUCUUUUUCAUUAUAUUCGUGGGCUUCCGGCUCGGAUGCGACCGUUAUAUUGUGGCCCGCGCGAUGCAUAUAUAACUAUAUAUAAAUAUCCGCGUAUAUCUCUCGCGGGCUUUGGUAAUAAUACACAGCGGAUUAGCGCUUUCGGAAUAUGUACCGUUGUGUUUUCACGAAAUCGGUACGUUUUUUUCUCUCGUUUCCUAGCUACCCCAGAUUUCAAAACAAACACAGACGCACAGGUGGGGGUCAGCUCCAUUCAUUUUCCACCACCAAGCUGUAUCUAGCCGGCGUCUUUUCCCUCCGGCUACUCGCAUCCGCGCAGACACGUGUGUAAAUACCGUGUGCGUACAAUAAGCGGGCCAGCAGUAGCUCGCGCGCGCGCGCGCGCGAGAGAGGAAGGAAGAAGCUCUCGAGCAUACAGGUGGGGGGUACACGCAUCAGGUUCAAGGUAGAAGGGACCUAUAUAACUGUAUAGCCAUACAGCGGCAGCAGUAGCUCUCUUGGCGCGUGUCUGGGUCAGGGGGCGGUCCACACCGGCGGGCCAUACUAUAUACACGUACACACGCGCGCGCGGGAGAGACAGGUGUAUCCCAUUCCUUGACGAGAGCCCGUUCGCUCGGUCGCUCGAGAGAGAGAGAGAGAGAGAGAGAGAGAGAGAGAGAGAGGAAAAGGGAGAGGAUAAACGAGUGGCUGCGGCUGCUCCGGAGCCCGGGCUCAUUCAAUCGCGACCGGCUGCACGAUCGAGGCAUCGCUACUAAUAUUUCCUUCUCCGUCUCUAUCAGCUCUGCUACGCGCUGCAGUUCAUUCAUCGCGAGCGAGAGAGACUCCGCGGUAGAAUUUCGCAGAGCCAGGGCCGAUCUGUGCAAUGGACGUAUGGAGCAGUAGCCUCGAGCUCGAGGGCUGCUAGACAGAGCGAGAGAGAGAGAGAGAGAGAAAUAAACAAGCGGUGCAGAGAGAGAGAGAGAGAGAGUGCAAAGUGCCCUGUGAGAAAUCGCGAGCGAUAAGAGCGAGAGUAGCGUGUUCGUCCAGCGGGAGAUAAGCCCUCGCGUGUGGCGUAUACACGGAGAUAGGAGACCGCAGCCCCAAGGAUCGAGAGAGCUUCCUCUGCGAGCUGCACACACACACACACGUGUUCGUUGUAUAGAUACCUCGAGGCUCCACGACUGGACCGCACGACUUGCUGCGAGCGGCGAACAGAUAUCGGCCCUUUGAAUCGAUCCACCGUGGACGACGACGCGGAAUGCGGUUAGGCGCUCUUGUGUUGACGUGUCUCCUCUUCCAAGGGGUGGCACGCGCCGACGAAGUCGACGUGGUAGAGGCGAUCCCCGGCGACGAUCGCAAUCAGGAGAACGGCCAAGAUGCCGAUCAGCAGCAGCAACAACAACAGCAGCAGCAGCAACAGCAGUCUACCGCGGACGUAUUGGCGGCGGCUCUCGACGCCUUGGUCGGCGACAGUGAGUCCAGCGGAGGCAGUAACGGCAAUGGAGGCCAGUACGGCUCGUCGAAUCUGCGGGUCCAUCCAGGCAGAGGUUCCGUGGGGAUGCCACCGCCCAGGACGCAUCACAACGUCGCCUAUCACGGACCACCGCCACCGCCGCCUUCCUCUGCCUCGUCUCCCGGCUCGUCGAAGCAGCAGCUGCAGCGCGUGCAGGACAGCAUCGACAAGGUCUUCGACACGGCGAUAGCCGCGAGCACCAACUUGGACAACGAGAACUGGCCGGCGCCCGGCAACGACAUGCCCAAGAUCGUCUCGCUCGACGUCAAGUGCGAGAAGAACUCCAUGAAGGUCUACCUCGGCUUCGACAAGCCCUUCUACGGUAUCGUCUUCAGCAAGGGUCACUACAGCAACGUCAACUGCGUUCACCUGCCGGCCGGACUGGGGAGAACCUCCGUGAAUUUCGAGAUCGGUAUUCACGCCUGUGGUACCAACGGUAACACCGACAACGGACUCUACGGCUACGGAGAGUCGGGAUCUGGGACAUACUUCGAGAACAUCGUCGUUAUCCAGUACGACCCGCAGGUACAAGAGGUGUGGGACCAGGCGAGGAAGCUUCGCUGCACCUGGCACGACCUGUACGAGAAAUCGGUGACCUUCCGGCCCUUCCCCGUGGACAUGCUCGACGUCGUUAGAGCCGACUUCGCCGGCGACAACGUCGGUUGCUGGAUGCAAAUCCAAGUGGGCAAGGGACCCUGGGCCUCCGAGGUGUCCGGCCUCGUCAAGAUCGGCCAGACCAUGACGAUGGUGCUCGCCAUCAAGGACGACGACUCCAAGUUCGACAUGCUCGUCCGCAACUGCAUGGCUCACGACGGCAAGAGGGCGCCCAUACAGCUGGUCGAUCAGCGGGGCUGCAUAACCCGGCCGAAGCUCAUGUCACGCUUCACGAAGAUCAAGAACUUCGGAGCGAGCGCCUCGGUGCUCUCCUACGCCCACUUCCAGGCCUUCAAGUUCCCGGACUCGAUGGAGGUGCACUUCCAGUGCACGAUACAGAUCUGCCGUUAUCAGUGUCCGGAUCAGUGCUCGGACUCGCCGCCCCUUCUGCACGGCGACGGUCUGCUCAUCGAGAAUCACAGGGCUUCCAUCGGACACGCUGACGUUUCCGCUUACAACAUACCACCGCCACCGGUACACCUGCCGAUCGACGCCUACCUUCAGUCCGUAGGUCGACCUCGGGACGAACGUCGGCGCAAGACCCGUGCGAUCCCGGCCAGUCCCGGCAAAUCCAAGUCCGAGAAGAACGUGGGCGUGAACCGCGUGAUACGGGUGGUCUCCACCGGCGACCUGACCUUCUCUCUGGACGAGGCGGCGAACUCGUCGACGAGCGAGGAUACCUCGACGAUGGUGUUCCCGGUGCGCGAGGCUCACAGCGCCAACGCCAACCUCAUCUGCAUGACGACGUCCGGCUUCACGCUGACCUUGCUGCUGCUCCUCGGCAUAUUGAUCGGCUCCUGUGGACUGUCCGCGUAUCUGUUCAUCAGGCUCAGGCCCUUCAGGAAGCGGAUCGACGAGAGUGCGGUUCACGUCAGGGGUUUUCCGGUUCACGCGAUCGGUAAACCUGCUGCUCCGAAGUCCGCUUGUUUCUACUCGUAAUUGUGUGUGCUUGCGAUUGACAUGGAUGGAUGUUAUAUUUAUCUGGAGUUGUGUGACCAUCAGCGCCUCAUAUUUUCAUUCGUGUGCCGGAUAUGGAGCUCGAUUUAUUUUUUCGAAAAAAGCACUAAAUUAUCGUUUAACGCGAUGGCGGUGAAAAUUUUUGGGAUAUUAUCUGUGAGAUAAUGGCGCCCAACGGUCUGCCGGUGAAUCUGUGUUUAUGUAUACGUGUAUUGUUGUUGUUUCGGGCUGUCCGACGGUAUAUAGUUUUGUUCUCUUAAGGUAGUCCUAACGUCAUGCUAGUCAAAAAAAUAUUUAUCUGCGACCUCACCCAGCAGUGGCUCGGUCGCGUGUACGAGAAAUUUUCAAUAGGGGUACUUACAGACUUCAAAACAUUGCAACCUGUGCGUAGUCAGUAAAACAGGUGUAGGCGAUACAUUUAUCAAGAGUCAGAUAAUGAAUUGACGGAUUCGAUUUCAUACAUUGUCGAUUCAUUGCGCAUUAUUACUCAGUGAAGUUACCUUUCUCAUUUUUGAUCGAUAUCAAACAUGCUUAUCAGGUACAAUAGAUAUACAUAACAAAAAUGAUCUAAUAGUUGACCUCGUUGUUAGGGCUACCUUAAU